UUCCUGCAGCUCUCAGACAUGCCAAACGAGGUGCUUCUCCAGAUACUUGGUCAUCUAGAUGUUUCUGAUCUGCUGUCGACCUCCAGGACAUCUCACCAUCUGCGCCAGCUAUCGCUAGCACCAAUACUGCACCGGAUCCGACUGCAGCGCACGCGCGCCAUACUCCCGCCCAUGCUCACAUCUCCAUCGCGGCCGUCGUUGGCGGACCUGAUUAGCCGGUCCAUCUUCCUCACCCACACGACAGUCGUGUCGCGGAAGCUCGCCCGCAGCCUCGUGUCGAUCCGGCUCCAGCGACGCCUAGCCGCACGGCCGUCGGCCGAGGCACUCGUCACGCGCUGUGUGCUGCCGCCCGAGUGCGUCCCAGGCGGCGCGGGCAUCACGGUAGCGCCCGCACUGGUGGCGAAGAAGCGGGCGAUCGAGCGCGAGCGCGUCAAGGACGGCCUGCGGCGCUGGGUGGGCUCCGUGUGGCGUGGCGAGGUCCGCUCCCGGGAAGAAGGC